AGCAGGGUCAGGCUCAAAUCAUCAAAUAUCAAGCCUUGAAGUCCAGAUGUCGGAUGAUGAGCACGUGGAGGCUGCCCAAACAGACGCAGCCGUAACAUCCCACCCCUCGCGGGGAGGCAACAGAAAGCAGCAUGUGCACGUCACAGGGAGCUUCAUACACGGAGCUGAACAAGAGGUGCUGGAGUUCAGAGCUCGGCAUGUGCAAGGUGUAAAAGCCAUUAUGAGGAGUUACUAUUUGGCCAACAUCAUGGCACUUGUGGUACUUGUGGAUGCAUUCUGCACCUGCAACGACAUUGACGCAAGAGCUGCAGGUGUCACAGCCCCUCCCGCUUACAAUGCCAUCUCAAAUGUGUGCUUGGUGCUGUACACUCUUGAGGUGGUGGGAUUGCUGUGGAUCACCAGCAGGAACCCUCUGCUUGAUUGGAUCAUGCUGCUGGACAUUGGUAUUGUUGUUUGCGGCUGGGUGGAGAUCAUCAUGGACGCCAUCGAAGCUGGCUUUAGUUUUAACAUCGGAGUGGUGCGCGCACUACGCUUGGUGCGCAUUUUCCGGCUCAUCCGCCUUCUCAAGAAGAUCCGACCCCUACGUGAACUGCACAAGCUUGUCAUGAUGAUGGCAACAUGUUUCCGAGCAUUGCUAUGGUCGUUCCUGCUUUGCUUCAUCGUGAUGACUGGUUGGGCUAUGCUAAUUGUCGAAGUUAUCAACCCGAUUGUGAACGAGGUGCAUGAGCAGGAAGGUAUUUUCACCGACUGCGAUCAGUGCCUGCGAGCAACGUCCUCGGUCAUGGACGCGAACCUGCUGCUAUUCAAGACGGUCAUUGCGGGUGACAGCUGGGGUCAAAUGGCAGUGCCAGUCAUACAGCAUUAUCCCGCCACUGCUUUUGUUUUUGUAGGCUCCUUGUUAACCCUGGUUUUUGGAGUGCUCAACUUGAUUGUUGCCGUUGUGGUGGACCAAUUUGCCGAUGCACGCCUGAACGAUGUGGAAAAUCUGGCAGAGGAGAUGGAAGACGAGAUCGAGAACGACAAAAAAGCGCUCGCCAAGCUGUUUGCACGAAUCGAUAUAGAUGGAAGUGGCCAGCUGACGCUUGAAGAGCUGAUGACUGGCGCCCGAAACGAUGCAGCUUUCCAAAGCCGGCUGCGCGUCAUGGACAUCGACGAGAACGAUCUGCAGCAGCUGUUCUCCAUGAUCGACGGGGAUCAAUCCGGCACCAUCGAAGUGGCGGAAUUCAUCGGGCCUCUGAGCCGCUGGGCGCACGACUCCAAGACGGCGCCCCGCUUCAUCAAGUACAACAUGCUGCAGACCAUGCAUCUGCAGGAGGACCUCUACGACCUUUCCAUGGAGUGCUUCAGCAACUUAUCCACCAGGGUGGACGAUCUCGCGUCACAGGUGCGAUUGCUGCUGAGUCUGGAGCCUCAUGGGCCCAACGAUGGCUUCGCAACUCCGAGGACUGAGGAGGAGGAAAACUCAGGCAGCAACAGCCCCGGCUCAGUGGCAUCACGUUCCUCUGACGUUCAGCUGGAGCCUCCGAGAGCGACUCCUUCGCAGCAGCUUAUGUCUCCAUUGUCUCCGAAGGAAAGCGAGAAGAGUCCAAGUCCCAUCGACGCUGAGGCGCGUGCAGUGUUCAAGAGUCCGACAACUGCGACUGCCCGAGAGAUUGAGGCACUGCUAGACUCUGCGAUGGCAAAGCUUGAGGGCAAGAUGACUAUGCUACUUCAUGGCGGUGUCAAGCUUCGGGUCCCGGCUUCACCACGUGGUGAGCGUGGUGAAGACACGUCCCCGGACCAUGCCCACAAAGUGGGCAAGAAGAUGAUGAUGCACCCCGAAGCCUUCCGGCAGAUGUACAUGGGACACCGACGUCCAUCCAUAAAGGAGUCUCCGGCGGGUUCCAACAGCCUCGCAGACUGGCUGAGCCGCGCCCGGGGACGGGAGCCGAAAGAGUCCGGCCGCAGCACCCCGGCGCUCUCGCCCACGGCCUCGGUCUCGGCGGUGCCGAAAGGUCGUCGCCGCAGCGUGCACGCGCGCUCCCGGGUGAGCACGCAUGAGAAUGCCUCGCCUACACUGGACGGCAGAUAGAGUCACGAGUCUUUUCAAGGACCCACGAACGUGGGGCUCUCAAGUUUCACAGUCCAACGCCUAGACUGGACAAGUGUUCUCGAAUCGCUGG